AUCUGGAAGAUGGCUGAGCACAAUACUUCUGGGAAUUCCUCCUGCGAUCCUCUUCUGACGCCCCAUCUCACCAGACUCUACUCUGUCGUGCUCCUGGGGGGCCUGACAGGUAUCAUAGCUAUCUUGUUCUGGCUGGUGAAGAUGAACUCCCGCUCAGUGACCACCACAGCCGUGGUUAACCUGGUGGUGGUCCAUGGAGUCUUCCUGCUGACCGUGCCGUUACGCCUGGCCUACCUCAUCCAGGGCACCUGGGCAUUCGGUCUGCCCUUCUGCAAAUUCGUGAGUGCCAUGCUGCACGUGCAUAUGUACCUCACCUUCCUCUUCUACCUGGUCAUCCUGGUCAUCAGGUACCUCACCUUCUUCAAGGGCAAGGACAAGGUGGAAUUCUACCGCAAGUUGCACGCGGUGGCUGCCAGCGCAGCCCUGUGGAUCUUGGUCAUCGUGAUUGUGGUACCUGUGGUAGUUUCUCAGUAUGGGAAUCGAGAAGAAUAUGACGAACACCACUGUUUCAGAUUCCAUAAGGAGCUUUCCCGUGACUAUGUGCAGAUUCUCAACUAUCUGAUAGUCGUGUUUGUCAUCGCCACAGCGGCCCUUCUCCUGGGAUUCCAAGUCUUCCUCACCGUCUCCAUGGCCAGGAGGCUCCGCCACUCUUUACUGUCCCAUCAGGAGUUCUGGGCUCAACUGAAAAGCCUAGUUUUCAUAGCUAUCAUCCUGGUUUGUUUUCUGCCCUAUCAGAUCUUCCGGAUCUAUUACCUGUAUGUGGUCGGCCACUCCAAGGGCUGUAACCACAGCUUUGCCUUUUACAACGAAAUCUUCUUGAGUGUGACAGCAAUCAGCUGCUGUGACCUGCUGCUCUUUGUUUUAGGGGGGAGCCGGUGGUUUAAACAGAGGAUCACUGACUUGUGGAACUGCCUUCUGUGCUGUUAG